CUUGUUGCUGCUGCAAUGGACAUCAUGGGUUCGAUGUGGUUGACGGUGGCCUUGGCUACACUGGGUGCCUUUUCGUUUUUGAAAUGGGUGCUGAAGAGCUUGAAUCCGUGGGUGUAUGAAUCGCCGUUGGGCGAUUUGCGCUACUCUCUGCCGCCGGGGGAUUUGGGUUGGCCUGUCAUCCGCAACAUGUGGUCGUUUCUCCGAGCUUUCCGGUCCGUAGAGCCCGAUUCCUUCAUGGGUUCCUUCGUUUCCAGAUUUGGACGCACCGGAAUCUACAAGGCCUUCAUGUUCGGGUGCCCGAGUGUGAUCGUAACCACGCCGGAGACGAGUCGGAAAGUGUUGAAUGAUGAUGAUGCAUUUAAGCCUGGAUGGCCUACUUCCACAACCGAGCUCAUCGGAAAGAAAUCGUUCAUCGGUAUUUCGUAUGAAGAACACAAGCGUCUCCGCCGUUUAACUGCAGCUCCGGUCAAUGGCCAUGAAGCACUCUCCAUUUACAUCCCCUACAUUGAGGAGAUUGUGAUAUCUACCCUGGACAAAUGGUCUAAGAUGGGGAAAAUUGAGUUCUUAACCUGGCUAAUUUUUUUUAUGAUUGUAACACAAAUACCUCUACAAAUGUAA